AAAAGGUCUUUAAUUUUCAUCAAUAACAUAUAAAAAGUUUUUGGAUCUGACAGUAUCGAUUUAAUCACAGAUAAACAUGUGUGAUGCUGCUCUUUUCAACUCUGUGGUCCUCAAGAAGAAAGAAGAUAGCCAUGCACUGAACUCUUCUAUCUUCUUCAGGCCCAUUAAAUGCAGCUGUGGUUUUAUUGUCAGACUGACGCUCCAUUUAGUCAUGGGGACACGAGUUCUAUUGUUGUGAUCACUGGUGGUCCCAGCAGUCAGACCCUUGCUGAUCACUCAUCCCUGUGUAUAGAGGAUACUUGUUGUUGGUGGGAAAACAACUUUAACCCCUUCCCGCAAAAUCAGGUACACGUAUGUGGUGAUUAGGGAUGACUUCCUGCAUCAUGUACCCGAUGAGAAUAAACUGUCACAGCGCUGCCGGGUGCUGUGACAGUUUAUUGAGCUCGACUGUGCACAGCCGAGCCUCCCUGAAGCCGGCCAGGGACCAAUCAGUACAGACGGACCAAUAGCAGGGAUCUGGAGACCAUCAGCGUGUGGGUGCGAGAUCCUAAAAUACAGAAGGAUGACUGGCAUCCCUACCUGGAUUAUGAAAUCUGCAUUCAUACAAACAGUAUGUGCUUCACUGUGAAAACUUCCCGGGUCCGAAGAAGGUUUCGAGAAUUUGUGUGGCUGCGGCAAAAACUUCAGAGUAACGCUGGACUAAUUGUCCUACCAGAACUGCCACCCAAAAUCCCAUUCUUUAAUAUUAACAAUACACAGAAUGUGGAGCAGCGCGUCCGCGGCUUACAAGACUUCCUGAAUAAGGUCGUGCAGUGCCCGUUGUUGCUCUCCGACAGCCGCCUCCACCUCUUCUUGCAAACUCAACUUCCCCUGGAAGAAAUCGAAGCCUGCGCCCUGGGCCAGACCAAAUACUCCGUCUCGGAAGCCAUUCACAAGUUCGCCACCUCAAAGCGGCGGUUUCCUGCGGAGAAGGAAGAACAAACAAGUUGUCACUUACUUCCUGAGAGUUCAUCCCCAACGUUGGAGGCCAAACACGAUGGCUGUUUUCUACACGGUUGCAAACCUGCCCAUGAAGAUAGAGAUACGUGGAAGACUAUUUUGGCCCCGUCACCUCCAAAAUGAGACCAUCACUCCGGUGCUGUAUGGACACCCAAGUGCAAUUCUAAUUCCUUAUAUCUAGUUCUAAGAAUGUUAUGGAGAUAUAGGAAAAUUGGGGAGAUAGUGUUACCCCAAAGCUUAAACCAAACUGUGAGGUUCUGUACAGAGCUCAUCCUCUGGUAGGCUGGCAUACUUUUUAGUGCGAAUCCUGAGUUUCCAAGUCUAUGUUACUGGUGCCAAAGAUGGAGCUGGAAAAUGACUUCUUAAACAAGCAUACAUUUUUUUUU